GGCUUCCCCGGAAUCACGCGCCCUUCUCCUUCUCCUUCCGCAGAGGCGGCAUGUGAGAACCUCCUUUCCGCUGAUGACGUCAUGGGACAGGCCAAUGAUGACGUAAUGGACCAUGUCUGCGUCACGGUUCGCGAUGACGUAAUGGUCGCUUGACACGUCCUCCAGCAGCCGCCACAAGCACCGCCCACUGCCCCUGCCUCGCCACGCCCCCGUCAUGCGGGUGGCGGGCACCAGGGGCAAGAGGAGGGUGGUCUCUCUCCUGCUGGUGCUCCUGCUAGCUCACCUGCUCCUGCUGCUGCUGCUGCUGUUGCUGCUGCGGCCGGACCCCCAGCCGCCCCUGCCGCCCCCAGCUGACCAGGCGUCGCCCCCGCUGCCGCACACGAGGAUCGAAGGCACGCCCGGCCGCCGCGACUCGCCGUGUGAGGGCGUGGGAGAGGGGCAUCCGCGGGCGUGGCAGCCGGUGUACACGGUGGUCAUCGACGCCGGCGCCACGGCCACGCGCCUACACAUCUUCUCCUUCCUCAGGUGCUGCAUAGAUAACACGUUCCUGCUGCAGAAGGAGGACUACUUCCAGGUCGAUGACAGUCUUAUGAAUUACGUCUACACUUCCCACCAGAUCCGAGAGCUGCUGCUGCCCCUCCUGCGCAACGCCCGGGGCCUCGUCCCCCUCAAGUACCAGCAGCACACGCCCCUCCUGCUGCGCGCGACGCCCUCGCUGCGCCUCCUCCCGCGCAUCCACGCCACCAGGCUCAUCCACAGGGCGCGGACCAUCGUGUCGCGGUCGCCGUUCCUGGUGAAGAGCGAUCACGUGACCAUCAUGGCCGGCCACGACGAGGCGGCCGACCUCUGGCUGGCGGCGAACUUCCUUACCGGCCGCCUGUACGAGAACCACACGUCGCCCUUCGCCGUGGCCGAGCUGGGCGGGGGGACGCUGCGGGUCACGGUGCCCCUCGACGGCCCCCCCGAGUACAUACGGAAGGCGAUCGAGGAGAGGAAGAAGCAGAAGGCGCAAGUGGCGAGAGCGCAGGGGGAGAAGCAGGAGCGGGCGAGCGAGCGAGGGAGCGAAGGGAAGACUCGAGACGAGCAAAGUGACGGGGCGUCGGGGGAGCGCGGGGGCCAAUGGGUAAGGGGCAGACGGAAAGACGUAUUCCAGAAUGAGGCAGAAGACGAUGUAUCUAGUGUUAGCCGAUCGGAACAGGACGCGACGGGAAGGGUCGCCGCAGCAGGUGAGGAUACGAUACCAAAGUCAAUAAAAACUAGUAUAUCUAAAGACUUGUUGAAUUCUAGCGCCGAUGAGAAGGGACAUCGAACUCUUAGCCUUAACAGCAGUGUUGUUCCUAGCAUAAGAAACACACAUGAAAGGCCGCACAGCAGGAGAAAAACGGAAGUGACUGAGGGCGCAGUGCCAGUGACGAGUGCAGUGCCAGUGACGAGUGCAGUGCCAGUGACAAGUGCAGUGCCAGGAACAAGUGACAGUGUUGCCAGUGGGGAAGGGGAGGGGGAGGAGCGAGGAGGGAGCGGGCGGGAGGCGAGGAAGCCCGGAGCCCAGAGCGAAAGCCUGGGCGACUCAGAGAGCGAAGGCCUAAGCAUCUUGUCCGGGGGGCGGAGGGGGGCGCGGGGCCACGAUGAUAAAGAGCAGGAGAAGAGGAAGAAGCCAGACAAAGGAGCCAGGAUAAACAUCCAUCUGGAUAGGAGCUCAGGAGAUGGCGGCGCGCCCCUGGCUCGCGUCCCCGAGGAGGGAUCGGGGACGGAUAAUCAAGGAGCAACGACUGCGAUCGGACCGCGGGGCGGGACGGAGCCCAAGGAGGGGGGGCGCGGGGGCGUCGGAUCCAAAUCGGAACGGAAAAGACAGAACAACAGGAACAAAAAGAAACCGGCGAGAAGAAAAAGCUCGCGGGGACAAUCCUGGAACAGCAGCGGAGACGAGGCUCGCCCUCCCGGCCGCGGAACACCUGCUCAGCCACCUGCCGCCGCCUCGGCCGAGGGCGACACUCAAAAUCCCGAAGAAGAAACGAGACUCGACAGCUCAGGGAGAGUUGAUCUUGGGUCGAACGGCGAUAUUAGAGGCGUUGAACCGGGAUCGAGUGCGGAUCAGCCCGGAUCGCGCAGGAUCACCCAUGCAGGAUCUGCCGAGGCGUCAGACGGGCUGGGCGAUGACGCAACACCUCAAAGCACCCUUCAGCCAGAGAGGUCUCGGUCGUCAACGCCGUCGCCGAGAGAGGGAAAAAGGGCGCGCUCCAGACGAAAGAAAGGUCGGGUUAAGACAAGGCCAAGAAAAACAGCGACCACUGAGGGAGCGUCGCUGGCCGGGGACGCCGCGGAUGGCGAGAGCGCGAGUCCCGCCCCUGCCCAGGAGGAUGGCGCGGGGGGGAAUGGAGGACUGAGGGAAGACAAACAGGAAAAGGAGGACAACGCCGUAGACGAAGUCGAGGGACACAAAAACUCUCGCGCGAGGAACGACAAAACCAAAAGAAGGAAGCGAAGAAAAAGACCCAAAGUUUCUCACUCUAGAAAAAGGCGAAAACACAGAAACGGAGGAAAUGGAAUGACAACAAAAGACAGAGCAACAAGUGUACCGGAUGAUACACAAAAAACGAGAACAGACCGAGAAAAGAUUGCAGACACGGCCGGCGACGAGGACGAAAAUCCCAGUGAUAUCUCCCCCUUGAGCGCAAAAGGGGGCGGGACAGCGGGUUCCAGGAAACGCUCGCGCGACGAAAAUGGAACCAAGGUGCAAGAGAACGGCGCCUCUCCCCCCGACGAGGAGCGGGGAGGCGGCAACAAACGAACCGCGACAGAGCGCCCUUCCUCGGGAGCCCUCUUCAGCGGCGACCGCGAGCGCCCAACAAAAGGAGGCGGGGGCCCGAGCCGCAGGAGAGGCAAAAACCAAUCUAGAUCUACCUCUCCGAGUAAUAGGAAACGCCAAUCUAAAAAGCGUCCCCCGCCUCAGUCGCCAUCCGAGAACACUGGCGUCGGGCCCCCGCAGGAGAGGCUGUCAGCUCGGAACGCAGCAAAUCCCUCCGCAGGGGGGAAUCGCGGAGGGAAUCCCGGCGCUGAGGCGGGGGAUUCCGCCGCGACAGCGUCCAAACAAAACUCGUCGGGAUCGCGUCGCCGCCACCGCCACCGCCACAGCCGCUACCGUCGCCGCCACCGCCCGGCCGACGCUCGGCGUGAGGGAGGGCGGAAAAGGGGGGUCAGGGGCGCCGGGGGGGGAGGCCUUACCUCCCAUCGACCUCGAGACUACUCACCUGCGAGGAAGUCGGGUUUCGCGAGGCUUGUCAAUCACGGGAGAGGAAGAAGAGAUUUAGAUCCCUUCCGAGGCGACGAGAACCUGCAAGAGACGCGACGCUCGGGCUUCAGCAGCAGUCUGUGGAAGCGCCCGCCGCUGACCGCCACGAAUCCUUACGCUGCAUUAUUCGGAGGCGAAGAGAAGUUAAACAGAAUCGUCUGGAACUCGCCAGAAUCCACAGCAACCCGAGACUCCGUGAUCCAGGGCAACCCAGAGUAUCACGGCAACCCCGAGUCGCCAGAAAUGAGCAGAGCCGCGCGGCGAGCGAGGCGACAGCUGAGGCGAGCCGCCGCACACUCGCAGGAGACGCUGAUCCCCGGCCUCUCCGCCGAGCAGGACAUCAUGCUGAGCCCGGCCGAGACGGACCUCCGGAGGAUCGACAUCCUGAGCCGCGACUGCGACCACGUGAGAGGGAGCGGCGGCGGCCGAUCGGCGGCCGACGCGGCGCUCGACUCGACGAAGCAAGUCGCGGAGGGAAGGAAGUCAGGCAAGCGCGUGUUGACCUUCGGCGACCCCACGAAGAAGAACGCGGGCGGGGCCGAGGACGAGCGAGGCGACGACGUGAAGGAGCAGCGGACGAGGCGGGAGCUGAGAAAUCUUUUCGGGGCGCCCAACAUCACGUACCGGUGCUCUCCGUUCCAUAAACACUGGCUGUUUACGUCCAGCAUCCCGAUGGGCAUCUACCCCGUCCGCGUCAAGGUCCUCGAAGCGGGCAACCUCACCCGCAUCCCCUUGGCGCCGGACGAAGCGGAGGCGGAGAGCAGCACCACGCCGGCCCCGCCCCUGGCAACGACGCCCCGCCACCGCUCAGACAUCCCCCCCGAGGAGGAGUACGUAGUGGACGACGAAGACGACCCGCCCUCUCCGACGCCCGAGGACUCGCCAGACCGCCCCACGCCGCCCCCUCCCUCUGCGCCGCCGUCUGCGCCGACAGUCGCCCCGAUCCACUCGCGGGAGACCACUAUGAUCCCCAGCAAGUGGAUGGAAGAGACGCUCGACAAGGUCCAGAAGGUUGUGGACUCCGUGCUGCGCUCCAUCGGCCAGGUCAACACGACCCUCCCGGGGGACGACGACGGGAACAGCACCGCCGGGAAUGGGACUUCUUGGAGGCCCAGGCACAGAGGAGGAGGUGGGGGGGAGGGAACAAGGAGAGGAGGAGGAAGGGGUGAGAGAAGAAAAGGAGGGGGAGCAGAAGGAAGAGAGGAGGAAGAAGGAGAAGGCGGAACAAGUGGAAAUGGAGGAGACAUAGUAAGAAUUCCGGAAAGAAAUUCUACCCAAGAGGAAACAAAUAGGGAGACAAGCAAAGGAAGAGAAAGAGGGGGAGCGAGAAGAGGAGGAGGAAGGAGAAGAGGCCCGGGAAGGAAAGGCAGCAAAGGGAGAGCGGGAGGAAGAAGGAGAGAAAGUGCGAGAAGACAAAUAGACAAGGCCGAAAGUGGAGGGAAAACAAAUGGCGGAGCUGUAAGUGGAACGAGGACAGACAAUAACUCAAGCGAUGGUGAAAGAUUGGGACUAAGCGAGGGCGAAAUGACUAGAGCGAACAGAAGCAAAGCGCACGAGUUCUCAAGCAAGGGAGGGUUGGGCGAGAGGACGCACAGAGGGAGGGGAGACGUCGGCAUCGAAGACACGGAAAACUACGCGAAUCUUAUGCAAAACGACGACCACUCUGGCAGUGCGUCCCUUCCUUACUCUAAAAGGAACCAUUUUUCUGAUAAAUGCGAUUCUGAAUGCAAGGCUCAUAACACACCUAGUAAAAGGACUAAACGCGCAACUACUGCUCAAAAUAGGAACGCGAGCGAAGCCAGGCCCGCUGCCGACGGGACGAGCCGCCGCACGACUCCCGCACCAAACUCUACCAAUCUCGCGUCGGCGUCUUUGGGAUCCGACACUGAUAACCAAGAUAACAGAUCACCUGGGACCCCUGCCAGUUCCUCGAAGCAGACGAUUUCCUCUGUGACGGACCUGCUCUUCGUCGUCCCGAACGAGAUAGUCAUCAAACCAGCGGAAAACAGCAAAGUGCAAAGCGAAAUCAAGUCGACGGAGAAACUCAUCCGGACGUCGCUUGAGGACCUCUUCUUCCGCGUGCCUGUCGACAGUAACCGACAGCAGCCCCACGAUGGAGCCGACGGCCGAUCGCCCCAAGACUCAGAUUCGCCCGAAGUAAACACCGAGCCCUCUGUUGCCACGACGCUGCGAGAGCUCACCCGGCCGGAUGCGAGCGUGGCGACCGUCACCUCCACCACCGCCGCGACGCCAACGCAAUUCCAGGAUGAAAUGCCGUCCCAAAGCACACCGAUGCCGCACUCGGGAAUUCCGGGGGAAAAUAAAACAGACCCCGCUGCAAAAGGCACGAAAGAAAACGGAGAGCGCACGUCCUCCACGGAUAAAACAGAAAACGGGAAAUCUAAGAGUAACUCAUUUACCCAGCGAGAGAAACUGAUCUUGCGCACAGCGUGUCUCCCCGUCGGGUCGCUGGGCAGAUUUCAGGUCCAGGACACCACAUAUCAAGUCAGGGGAAUGGGAGCAGAGCACAUAGCCGCCGAGUGCUGGCGAGAGGUCUCCAACGUGGUAAACGACCACAUUAAGCUUCCAUACCUCGAUGAAACGACUCUUGUGGCCACCACGGCAUUCUAUUUCAUCGCGGCCAGUGCAAAUCUCAUUGAGCCCGAGAUGACUUAUGGCUACGUUCGAGUGGAGCAAUUUCGAGAAGCAGCGGACUCAAUGUGCGAGCGGCAGCAGAACCAGUUCCCGGACCCGCUGGCGUGCCUCGACUACCAGUACGCGGCGGCUCUCCUCAAGCACGGCCUCCACCUCGCCGACGAGACCGAGAUCCUGGUGUGCGACAAGAUCCAGGGCUUCCGGCUGGGCUGGGCGCUCGGGGCGGCCCUCAACUACCUCCAGAGGCACUGACGGCGCGCCAUGAAUUGCUCCUGAGCGGCGCCUCCCCCGGGACUCGGGCUCCUGCAGCGACUCUAAAGAUCACACCAAAUACUCACCAGAA